UACAACAGAAACCUCUACUACCUCUAAUGUAAGUAUGUCUGCCUGUGGAUUUAUCUUCUGAAAACCAUGAAAACUGGGAGGAAGUACUGGACCGUACUCUACAGCUCUGAACAUAUAUGGAAAUCUGAACAGAAAACUAUACAUUUGUAGUUCCUGCAACACAGAAUUUGACACCUGGGAAGUCCAAGAUAAGUGGCCAGGAUGACAUCCAACUACACCGACAUUAGUCCCUGUGUGCCAGACGACAAGCUCUGUAGGGACACGAGUCAGAACCCCCAGGCAACACACCACAAACCACAGAGAAACACACCGAAACCAAAACCACAGACAUAACCUACAUGGAAUAGAUGCACCCCCAGGGAUUGACCCUCUUGAACACGAAGAGGUGCCAAUGAGAGUCCAAAACACACAUCACAACGUGAAGCCAACUCUGGCUCCUGCACGACAUGCAUCCCCAGAGAGGCAUGUGGCUGCAGCAAGACAUGGGUCUCCAGAGAGGCCGGUGGCUGGAGCAAGACAUGGCUCUCUAGUGAGUCAUGCAGCUCCAACAUCACAGACAUCCACAGGGAGGCCUCUUGGAAACUUUAGUCAGGUCACUGCAUUAAUGCCAUCUUUUUACAUCAAACCUAAUGACACAGUGAGCCUCUACAGAGCCUGCAUGGACAACAGGGACGUCAUCCUGAGGGCACUAAAAGAAAAUGCAAGCAACAGUGAGACACAGGACUUUUUGGGGUUUGCCUCCUUCCUCGGAGAACUGGGCCCUCACCCUUUUAUUCCUGCCCUACUGGGUGUGGUUUCGGUACAAUCACCUUUAUUGAUAGUGAUGGAGGAACUAAGGCACAAAGACCUGCUGGGGUUCCUCUGGAAGUGCAGAGAGGAUAACACAGGUCAUGACAUGACAGAGAAGAGGAUCUUCACCAUGGCAGGACAAGUGGCCUCUGCUCUGGAUUACCUGCACAGUCAGGGCUGCAUCCACAGGAACAUAGGAGCUCGCAAUGUUCUGGUUGGUGGCGACAUGGCAGCGAAACUGUGGGGUUUGGGCUCAGCUUAUCAAAGAAAACAAGCAAACUAUACAGGAGUGGCAGAGGACAUGGAGCUGAAGAAAUGGCAGGCACCUGAGGUUCUGGCCAGGAGAACGGCCACUAACAGCAGUGACGUAUGGUCUUUUGGUAUCCUCCUUUAUGAAAUGGUUACAUUGGGUGACCCACCUUUUGCUCACAUCAUGUUGACUGAACUUCUGCAGUAUCUCCAAAGAGGAAAAACUGUGAAACGGCCAACCAACUGUUCCAACACAUUGUACUCCAUCAUGAAAUCGUGCUGCCACUGGACCCCCCAAGAGCGUCCUUCGGUGACAGAACUGAUCAGGAUACUUAAUGUAGGAGAGAAAUCAGCAAACGGGAGCACCGUUCUUAGAGUGCCUGAGCCACUGAACAUAGAGAAAUACAGGAGGGAGACAGGAUAUGGAGAAGCAUUCAAUUAUGCUGUGCUCUGACUGGCUGGGACUGUCAUCACAAAGGACUCUGUUGGAACCCGUAUUCCCAGUCCAGCGAAACAAAUUCUUUAAAGCACCAAGGACUGCUGCAAGAGUGCAGAAAAAGUAAAUGAAGUAUGCAAAUUACAUGGUUUGUGUUUAAAAAACAUAUUUGGAAACACUUCAAAUAUGAAGCACAGUCAUUUAGUAUGUUUAGAUAACUUAUUUUUUGUAAAUAUGUAUAUGUUCUGGUACAGUACAUUGGUUGUCUUGGAUUUAUUAAAAGAAAAUACAUUUGCUAUUUUCUAAUAUUAA